AUGGUUCAGUACAAUUUCAAGAAGAUCACCGUGGUCCCCAAUGGGAAGGACUUCAUUGACAUUAUCCUCUCACGUACCCAGCGCCGGACCCCCACUGUGGUCCACAAAGGUUACGCCAUAACUCGCCUCCGCCAAUUCUACAUGCGCAAGGUCAAGUUCACCGAGCAGAACUUUUCCGAGAAGCUCUCUACCAUCAUUGAUGACUUCCCCAGACUUGAAGACAUCCACCCUUUCUAUGGCGACCUAUUACAUGUCCUCUACAACAAGGACCACUACAAGCUCGCACUUGGCCAGAUCAACACUGCCAUGAAUCUUAUCAAGAAGAUAGCCAAGGACUAUGUGAGACUUCUCAAAUACGGCGACUCCCUAUACCGGUGCAAGUCACUCAAAGUCGCAGCACUUGGGCGCAUGUGCACUGUCAUCAAACGAAUUGGGCCCAGCCUGGCCUAUCUAGAGCAGAUUAGGCAGCAUAUGGCCAGACUGCCCUCGAUUGACCCAAACACCCGAACCAUCUUGAUCUGCGGUUACCCAAAUGUUGGCAAGAGCUCGUUCAUCAACAAAAUCACGAGGGCCGAUGUCGACGUGCAGCCUUACGCAUUCACCACCAAGUCUUUGUUUGUUGGCCACACUGACUAUAAAUACCUGAGGUAUCAGGUAAUAGACACUCCGGGUAUUCUCGACAGGCCUUUCGAGGACCGUAAUAUCAUCGAGAUGUGCAGCAUCACAGCACUGGCCCACCUGAGGGCCGCUGUCUUGUUCUUUCUCGACAUCUCGGGCUCGUGUGGGUACAGCAUAGCCCAGCAGGCGGCUCUCUUCCACAGCAUAAAGUCGCUCUUCCUGGGAAAACCUCUGAUAAUUGUGUGCAACAAGAUCGACAUGCAGCCUCUGGAAGGGAUUACAGAAGAUGACAUGAAGUUGGUUAUGGAUAUGAAAGCGGAAGCCAUGAAAACAGUUGUGGGUCAUGGAGGUGAAGCCACGGAUGAGAAGGACGUGCUGCUGACCAUGAGUACGCUAACAGAGGAAGGUGUGAUUGCUGUAAAAAAUGCGGCCUGCGAGAGGCUAUUGAAUCAGAGGGUGGAGUCGAAAAUGAACUCGAAGAAGCUGAUGGACUGCAGGAACCGUUUCCAUGUGGCCAUGCCCAAGCCACGGGACGGGAAGGAGAGGCCCGUCUGCAUACCGGCAGCCGUCCUGGAAAUGCAGGCCAAAAAGGCCGAGGAAAAUGCCAAGAAGGAGAAGAGGAAGCUGGAGAAGGAUCUCGAGAAUGAGAAUGGAGGUGCGGGUGUGUACUCGGCCAGCCUGACUAAGAACUACCUGUUGGCAAACGACGAAUGGAAAUCGGACCCCAUUCCGGAAAUUCUCGACGGGCACAACGUGGCCGAUUUUAUUGAUGCCGAUAUACUAAUGCGGCUGGAGGAGCUAGAGAGAGAGGAGGGUGCCCUCCAGGGUUUAGAGGAAGAGGACGAUUUCGAGAUGGACGGGGCAGAGCUGACCCCCGAAGAACAGGCAGCACUUGCCGAGAUCAGGAAAAAGAAGGGGUUGCUUGUGCGGGAGCACAGGAUCAAGAAGAGCACGGCUGAGAGCCGCCCGAUCGUGCCAAGGAAAUUCGACAAGGAUAAGAAGUUUACGGCUGAGAGGAUGGGGAGGCAGUUGUCGUCCCUGGGGCUGGACCCAAGGAAAGCAAUCGAGAGGGCAAGGAGCAAAUCGAGGGGCCGCAAGAGGGAGAGGUCUGUGGUUAGGGACGAGGAUGGUGGUAACUUGAUGGAAUUGGAUGAGGAGGGUGGUGGGCAGUUGAGCAAGAGGAUGAGGUUGAGGUCGAGGUCGGCCUCCCGAUCCAAGUCGAGGCCGCCAGGCGAGGUUGUGCCGGGAGAAGGGCUCAAGGAUAGCACUCAGAAGAUAAAGGCGAUCAAGAUGGCCAAGGGCUCCAGCAAGAAGAGGAAUAAGGACGCGCGUAAGGGUGAGGCAGACAGGGUUAUUCCUACACUGAGGCCAAAGCAUUUAUUCGCUGGAAAGCGUAAGAUGGGGAAAACAGACAGACGUUAG